AGGAGUUUUGGCAUGUUUGCAUCCCCAUAUGUGCCACUUUGCUGGAUAAAAGUGGAUUAAAUUUAGAUUUAUUUCAACAAGAAGCGUUUACCGUGUACACAAUGAAACCUGCACUAAUUAUCUGCGACUUUGCUGUACAUUUGGCCAAAGGGAACUAAUGUUUAGAGUCAAAACACCCCUCGAGGGACAUAUGAGGGUGCUUGCUUUCUGUUCCAAUUGAGACUUCACUCACUUCACUGCAAAGUGGAGUCAUGGCAGAGGAAAAGCAGCUGAAAGGAGCCUCCAGGGAGGAGACCAUGCCUGGUGUUGGGCCUCAAGCACCAGCAAAGGAUGACAGAGAAGAUACAUGUGAAAGCUCCAAAGAACAGGCAGCGAAGACCAGCCCUAACCUGCUAAAAAUGCUGAAGGCGGCCGAGAGCAGGUGGAGCCCCCAUCAGAGUCGGGAUGGGACAAAGGAGGGGGUCACAGAGGCUCUCAAGACUGACAUGCAAAUACAACUGUCUGAGCAGAACCAAGAAUUCAACAAGCGACCUAUAAAGGCUGUCCCGCGCACGCUGUCACGGUCCAUCUCGCAGUCAUCCACUGACAGCAACAGCUCAUUGGGCAGUGACGGCUCCGAGGAUGGCUCCACCCCUAGGAACAAGGUCCAGAAGACAUCCAAGGGCACCUCUGACUUUUGCAUUAAAAACAUCAAACAAGCUGAUUUUGGACGCCGAGAGAUUCACAUUGCAGAGCAAGAGAUGCCUGCAAUGAUGGUUUUGAGGAAAAGAGCAGGAGGCGAGAAACCUCUGGCUGGAGCCAACGUGAUCGGAUGUACACACAUUACUGCACAGACUGCAGUUCUUAUUGAGACUCUAUCUGUGUUGGGAGCUCAGUGUCGCUGGGCAGCCUGCAACAUCUUCUCCACUCAGAAUGCUGUGGCUGCAGCUCUGGCUGAGAGAGGUACCUGUGUGUUUGCAUGGAAGGGGGAGACAGAGGACGACUUCUGGUGGUGCAUAGACCGCUGCGUGGGAGCUGACAUCUGGCAACCCAACAUGAUUCUGGAUGAUGGUGGCGACCUGACCCACUGGAUUUACAAAAAGUACCCGAGCCAGUUCAAGAAGAUACGAGGCAUCGUGGAGGAAAGCGUUACGGGGGUUUAUCGUUUGUACCAGCUCUCUAAGGCCAGUAAGUUGUGUGUUCCGGCCAUGAACGUCAAUGACUCUGUGACCAAGCAGAAGUUUGACAGCCUGUACUGCUGUAAGGAGUCCAUACUGGACGGGUUGAAAAGAACCACAGACGUCAUGUUUGGUGGCAAACAAGUGUUGGUGUGUGGCUACGGUGAGGUUGGUAAAGGCUGCUGUGCUGCACUCAAAUCAAUGGGAGCUGUUGUGUAUGUUACAGAAGUGGAUCCUAUCUGUGCUCUGCAGGCCUGCAUGGAUGGCUUCAGAGUGAUCCAACUGAGUGAGGUGGUCCGACAUGUUGACAUGGUCAUCACCUGCACAGGUAAUAAAAAUGUGGUGGUGAGGGAACAUAUGGACAGAAUGAAGAACGGUUGCAUCGUAUGUAACAUGGGACACUCCAACACCGAGAUAGAUUUGGUGAGUCUUCGGACUGCCGAGCUAAGGUGGGAGCGGGUCAGGCCUCAGGUGGACCACAUCAUAUGGCCAGAUGGGAGAAGAAUAGUGCUGCUGGCUGAGGGUCGUUUGCUGAAUUUGAGCUGCUCCACUGUUCCAACAUUUGUCCUUUCUAUCACUGCCACGACUCAGGCUCUAGCCCUCAUAGAGCUCUUCAAUGCUCCAGAGGGACGUUACAAAAAAGACGUCUACCUGCUUCCAAAGAAAAUGGAUGAAUACGUGGCCAGUCUUCACCUUCCUAGCUUUGACGCCCAUCUCACAGAGCUGACCAGUGACCAGGCCAAAUAUUUGGGCAUCAGCAAGCAUGGACCCUUCAAGCCUAACUAUUAUAGGUACUGACUUACUGGACAUCAAACUGAAGAUCUUCAGAUGCUCAAAACUGCCUGUUUUAAUAGCGUAACCAUUGACUGCUACCUAACUUUAACUGUAAGUCGGGUUUGUUUGUUUCCAGCAACAGUUUUGCUGUAUUUUUUAAUACGAUGCCCUCAUAGAGAUGUAAGAGAGGUUUUUUUUACUUAUUAGAUAAAUAGACACAACAAUGUGACAAAAUGAAGUACAUUUUUCUACUUCUGAAUGGUGAAAUUUAGUCAGAACAAGAAAAGUACCAUAUUGACAUUUAUAACAACUGGUAGACAUGAUGUCAUAAUGACAGGACGUCAACACAAUGAUGUCACCAUUGUCCAAUCCUGUGUGUGUGUCUGAUAAUGAAUGCCUAAAAAUACCACACUAUUCCUGGAUUACUGUAAUCCACAGUGUGCGACUGUGUCUCUCUGUAACGGUUGUUUAGGUUAUUUUUGAGUCACAUGUGGUCAGAAGGUUUAAUAUGAAAAACAUAAUAUACAUUAAUACAGAUGAAAAGGGUCAUUACUGCUUUAUCGUCUACAGCCACUCAACUUUGAGGACUUAUUCUCUUGCUUGUGUGUGUGUGUGUGCGUGUGUCCACUUGGUAAUCCACUGGUUAGUAAAGCACAAAGACAGAUGGGCAUUGGAGACUAUAUUCUCUUUUAGCAACCAGGCAGUAUCAGGAUUCAGCAUGUGUGUGUGUGUGUGUGUGUGUGUGUGUCCUUGUCGUCUCGUCCCUAUGGAGGGAUUCUCCUUAAAGAGCUUUGAUGAUGCCCCUCCCCCCAGCAUCACUACAUGUCUAAUCACCACUACCAGCUGUCAGCAGUCCGUCUCCUCCUCCUUGUCCUCACUUGACCUCCCAACCCCUGCAAGUCAGCCAUGUUGAAUAGACCAAGGUCUGUGUAGUGCAGGGGUGUCAAACUUGUACCAUUGGAGGCGGAGUCACAGCAGGUGUCACUAAAACAGUUGAUUUUAAUGAUCAACAACUCAUUCAAUUUGAGGAAAGGAUCGUCAAUCAAAUCACCUACUGGACUGAUCGGUUGGAGGGAAAACCUGGAAUGUCUUGGUCCUCCAUUGACACAUGCUUUAAUAACAAUGCAUGGACGAAUGGACGGGAAAAUAAAUGGACAAUGAAUGGAUGCAUGGAUGGCCAUACAAACUAAGACAUGGACAGAUAGACUUAUGAGUGGAUGAAUGGAACUUUGUGUAGAUAAAUUGAGGGAUGUACGGAUGGAUGCAAGGACCUUGAAAGGAAUGGAUAGAUGGACAAAUGAAUGGAUGAAUGUUUGGUAAGUCAAUAACCCAUGACAUAGUUGUGGGGUGGUGGACCAAUGGACAUAAAAAGAGAAGACGGAUGGGUGAAUGGAUGCAUGGACUGGUUGAGGACAGAUAAAUGGUCAAAUGGAGGGAAGGGUAGAUGGCCAAAUGGAGGGACGAAUAAAUGGAUGAUUAUACAAAAUGGAUGGACAAAUCAAUCAUCAUCAGUCUUUCCAUUGAAUAGUUGGGUGGGCGGUGGACAGACAGAUACAUGGAUGGACAAAUGGCUACAUGUAUGGUGGACAGAUGGAUGGAUGGAUUGAAAGAACAAGGAAGGACGGUGGGAACAACAGACAUAAUCAUUCGACUAUCACUAGAUGGGCAUGGAUGGAUGGAUGGAUGGAUGGAUGGAUGGAUGGAUGGCCGGACAGACAGAUACAGUAGAUGGACAAAUGAAUGCAUGUAUCCAUUCAGCCAUGCAUUUGUUUGUUUGUUGGGUUGUGAACAAUGAGUCGAUGAAUGAAUGAAUGGACAGACGUGGAGAGACUAAUGGAGGAAAGACUGGACAUAAAAGGACUGAUAAACAGACAAAUGGAGGGGUGGAAAUGGAUGGACAUAGGGACAGAUAAAUGGAUGAGUACAUGAUUGAAAAUCUAUCAAACCGAUGGAUGGAUGGAAAAAUUGAGCAGACAGAUGAAGACAUGAAUGAUGAUUAUUACGGAUAUUAUUGAUGGAUUAUUUGGUUGGUUUGUUUGAAGAUGGAUGGAUGGAGCGAAAAAUGGGUGGAUGAUCAAUCAUGUUUGGCGGACAGAUAGAUAGAAGGUCAAUGGAAGGACAAAAUCAUAGAAGCUCGUAGUGCAGUAGUCGUCACGUUGCUUUGAGACUACAGGACACUCAGGAGGGGCGAUUGGACACAUGAAGCCCUCACUGAUGUGCCUGUAGUCACUCACAUGUCCACCCUGUCCAAGUCAAGGUUUUGUCCUUUAUAAACGUCCCACUGCUUAAAUCUCUCCGUCAGUUUUUGGCAAGUCUAGAACCACCGGAUCCUGCCAAGCCACCAGAGUGAGUUCUACCAUUGCCAAACACUGCAGGAGAGCAGCUAGGGAUCAUCCAGGCUAGGUGUCAAGUUACGUCCUCUCUGAGACAUGGCGGUCUCCACGGCAACCUGCGAUAUCAAUAUAGCACGGUGUAGUCGAUCAGAAUCAACUAAGAAAAAAAACACACUGAAGACUGUCCAUCUUGUCCCAUAUUGGCACCAUACAUGAUUGCUCAAGAUGAGACACACAAAGCAAAAAUGUGCUAGUGCCAAAACGGGUCAAACGGUUUUACACACACCCUUAUAGGUGGCUGUCUAUGGAGGUCAUGUCUCUACUCUGUUUAUGGCCCUAUGGUAAUUCACUGAUAGUGUGCUGAGACAGUGAAUUCUACCAGUGCCAUACACAGAAUAGGAGAUACAAGUGGAGGCCACCAUGGGACAUCCAUCCAUCCACAUACACACACAUGCCGCCUGAGUCUUCUCUUGUCCGACAUUGUGAUUGCAAUAUGUCUACUGUGUACUCACCUCUGCGGUGACUUCAUUUUAUUUCCAGUUUAGGAACGUUCUUCUUUCAUUUAACCCAAAGGUUCCCACAGGUGCUUAAAAUGGUGGAAAAUAGUAAAUAGUUGAAUAGUAGCAGGGCUGCACGGCGGCCAAGUGGAUAGCGCGUAGACCUCACAACUAGGAGACCAGGGUUCAAUUCCACCCUCGGCUAUCUCUGUGUGGAGUUUGCAUGUUCUC